ACAGCCACACAAAGGUUCCGCCGCACAAAGGUUCCGCCUGGCUGCGACAUCGGACGUUUCCUUUAAGAGCGCAGCGUGAUGGCGUCACUUCCGGCGCUGGCCCCGCCCACAGCAGUGGUUCUUGGACAGGUAGGAGGCAGACGGUGCGCCUUUCUGCCUGUUUCUUAACCUCUCACCCCCCCCACAGGUGCACUGGCCGCUCGACACAGAACAGGGAGGAGGUCUGGAGCGGGUCUAAGAGGAGCCUGGCCCGGUUUGGAGCGGGUCGGAGCGGGUUGGAGCGGGCAGGUCUGGACCGUGAGGAGACGAGAGGAGGAGGAAAGUUUACUCAGAGUCUCUGCAGGGUCGCUGUCAGUCAUGUUCAGGUAGAGACCGGCUCCACGGCGCCCACCAUGAGGAAGCAUCUGGACAGGAUCCGGUUCCGGGGCCAGAGACGGGAUGAGUUCCUCGAUCUGGCCGAUUCGCCCAAUACGUCCGACACGGAAAGCAACGAGGACGUCGUGAUUAAACCUCGACUCGCCAGCAGAGAGGUGGAGGAGCUGAGGGAGGCGGAGGGAGAGCAGCAGGGUGACGCUCCGGCUGGUCCAGGAACAUUCUCUGCAGGUCUCCAAGACGACUCGAGGACGGAUCUCAACGAGGUCAAAGGUCACCUAGAAAUCGCGUUGUUAGAGAAACACUUCUUGCAGGAGGAGCUGAGGAAAUUUAAAGAGGAGUCCAACGUGGAUUCGCUGCGACAGGAGCUGGAGAAGGAGCGCAGCAGGUGCAUGGAGCUGGAGCAGAAGAUCAACGACGUCAUGAAACCAAGACUUGAAGACUCACCUUCUCAGACACCCAAAGCCCCGCCCCCUACUCCCGCUGCAGCCACCAGCACAGACUCUUCCCUUCCCCCGCCCUCAGAGAAACAGAAGGACACUUUCUCCGACAGCUUCCUGAAGUGGCUUUACGACCGUUUUGGCGUUUACAUCGAGGACUUCCGCUUCCAACCGGAGGAGCAGACGGUGGAGACGGACGAGCCGCUGAGCGCCAAGAGGUUGACUGAAAACAUGAGACGGCUCAAACGAGGAUUCAAACCUGUGACCAAUUUCAAGAGGAACCUCACUGCCUUAUCCAGCUGGAACUCCGUCUACACGUCGGCCAUCGCCUUCAUAGUCUACAUGUAUGCAGCGUGGCACGGCUGGGCCGUCCCCAUGUUCCUGUUUCUCGCCAUCCUCCGCCUCUCCUUGAACUGCCUCAUCGCCAGAGGCUGGAGGAUCCAGUGGAGCAUCGUACCGGAGGUCUCAGAGCCCGUGGAGCCUCCUAAAGAAGACCUGACGGUGUCGGAGAAGUUCCAGCUGGUUCUGGACGUCGCUCAGAAAGCUCAGAAUCUGUUUGGGAGGAUGGCAAACAUCCUGGAGAAAAUAAAGAAUCUGUUCAUGUGGGUUCAGCCAGAGUUGACUCAGAAGCUGUACGUUGGUCUGUGGCUGGCCUUCAUCUCCUCCUGCCUGCUGCCGUUCAAACUGCUGGGAUUCAUCAUCGGUCUGUACGCAGGUAUAAAGUUCUUCAUCAUCGACUUCAUCUUCAAGAGCUGCCCUAAGCUGAGGCAGCGCUUUGACACGCCUUACAUCAUCUGGACCAACUUACCCACCGACCUGCAGCUGAAGGAGCGCGGCGGCACCACGCUGAGCAGACGGGUGACGGUGACGGCCGGCAGAGGCAGCCUCGGCGCCGCAGCUCCUGUGGGCGUCAACCGGGACGAGGACGGAGGACGAUACAACAGCACCAAGAGAGGAGCCUUUCACGAGGUCUUCAGCCUGCCGGAGAGCGAGCGCCCGCUGACAGUGUGUGAGAACGGCUGGCGCUGCUGCCUCAUCAACAGAGACAGGAAGACACCAACGGACUACAUCCGCAACGGAUACCUCUACGUCACCGAGAAUCAUCUGUGCUUUGAGAGCUCCAGCUCCAGAUCCGGAUCCUCCAAAAGGAACAAAGUCAUCAAACUGCUCGACAUCACCGACAUCCAGAAGUACAAAGUUCUGUCUGUGCUGCCUGGAUCUGGGAUGGGCAUCUCCAUAGCAACGCCGUCCACACAAAAGCCCAUGGUGUUCGGCGCGAUGAUCCACAGAGACGAGGCCUUCGACGCCAUCUUCACUCAGUACAUGAAGAUCCUUAACAUGACCACAGCCACCGGCCCGGAGACAUAGUACCUCCUUCACACGAUGGCCGCCUUCCCACACACACUGACACACUCACAUGCACACGCAGACACUGGACUGGUUUCACUCUCUUCACCAGUGACGUCUUCAAACAGCUGCUGAUUUUACUUUGAGCUGCUCUCGUGUCAUUCGUGUCAUCAAACAAAUUUAUGUUUGAUAUUACAUCAGCAGAUUUCCAACAAAUCACUGAUUUCGUGCCAGAAUCAGCCAACAACGAAUACGAUCACUGUUCUUAAGCUGUUUUACAGAAAGUUCCCACAGAACAGACAACUUAACGUGAACCCUGAGAGCUUAUUGGCUGUAAAAUCUCAAGUCAAGUGCUGGUAUCUCAAAUAAUGACCUGCAUAAACAAAUAGAGGGUAAAAGCUCUGAGGAGAAUGACGUUACCUGAGCUUUAACGUCUCUCUUGAUAAAUUAAGUAUAAAGUACAUUUCUGUACAACAACAGCUCACCACCUUCUCAAACACUUUCUCUGAUUUAACAUUAAUAACGUGCUCAAUAAGUGUUUCCUGUUACUCCUACUUUUAUUUUAUCCCUGUUAAGCUGCAGUCUGAAGCUCAAAACUUUUCUGCACAGAUGCUUCACAUUAAAAGCCUUCCAAGGGCACAAUCCAUCCUUUAUUUGGUAGGCUUUUAUUGUGAAACAUGAGCUAUGACAUUGUUAAUAAUCAGUGGUCGCGGUCUUAAAGAGGCUUUUCUGCAUUUCUACAUCUUAAUUUAAUCAUGCGUGAGCUUCAGGUUGUGUAAUUUCAGUUUACUUCAAUGGAAGUAUAUUAAGAUAUUACACCAAAAAGUUAACUACAUAAUAUGAAGUGACUACUCUUUUAGCAUUUUUGAUAAUUGAUUAAUCAUUUAAGUCAAUUAUCAUUCAAAUACUUUAAUCAUUAUUUGGUUGCAGCUUCCCCAAUGGGAGGAUUUGCAUUAUACAUCAUUGUCAACUGAAUAUUUAUCAGUUUUGGACUGUUGGUCGGGCAAAAAAAGACAUUUGAAGACCCAAGAAACCGUAUGAGUCUUAAAGAGACAAAAAUACCAUAAAACAGAUGAAAACACAUUUGUAUCAAACAAUAAUAGGACAUUUUACAUGUUAUUUAUAGAGACUUUAUGUGAAGGACUUGAAAAUAUCUGACUUUUGUGACAACUAGUAGUAAAACUGGGGCUGCAACUUACAAUUAUUUGCAUUUUAAUAAAGGAAUAUAAUAAUAAUUAAAUAAGUCGGUCUAAAAAAUGAAAUAAAAAAAGGAGUAACUAGUGAAAAGAUGUCUGUAACAACUAGAUGCCAUCAAUAAAUUAUCUUUUGUCUGAUGAAUAGUUCAAAACUCCAAAAUAAUCAGUUUAGAAUGAUUUAAAAAAAACCAAAACAAAAAAAACCAUACUUGCUUUGUUACGGCUGCGUUACUGACAUUUUACACAGAUUUUCUGAGGAAAAACAAAAUGUGUUUUAGACUUAAUAACAAGUUUAAUCUGUUGUUUCACAGUAUUAGCAGAUUAACUUUUUUAAACCUUGUUAAUUUACAUUAGUGUCUUCAGGGAUUUGUAAAAAUGUCAUCUGUCUCUGUCUUGUACUUAGCAGCUAAGCCUUACAGUCAGCUAGAAUUGUAGUAUGUUGUUUUUAAUGUGGAGGUACAUGAGACAGUUUGUAUUAUGUAUGAAUGUUCUAGAACAUUUAAUGUAAACCACGGAGUUAACCUCAACGUAGCUUUUUUCUAGUUUCAGCUUAAAGCUAAAAAGCUAAAUCUUACAAUAUAAACCACUACAUUUAAUUCAGUGUAGCUUUUUUGUUUUGUUUUUGCUAAAACGCUAAAGCUCCCAACAGAGAUAAACCUUUAAUGCUGCAGUUUGGUUUAAUCAUUUUUAAUUUAGCAAAUGCUUUAGCUUUCUUUCACAAUCAAUAAGCUAAGAAGCUAAAGCUUAAAAAACAAAGGCCUCAUACUGACGUCCAUUAUUGACUUUUUGUCCAAUUUGUUUCAAAUUUAGCUUUUCUCUCAGCUUGAAGAUAAUCAAUUGAAAACACAAUAACCUAAAAAUGUUUUUUAAUCACAGUUCAUUAAUGUUUUAGGUUUAGCUUUCUUUCAUAGCCAACAAGCUAACAGCAGGGGUGAAAGUCGAUUGACGUUCUUUCUGGUACAAAACAACAAACGUCAUUGCUUUAUAUUCUUCUCCUCCCAAAUCCAGCUUCAUGCAUCCCUGAACACACUCAAACAUAUUUUUUACACCCAUUUGGUGUUUUAGAAAAUCAGAAACACUUGACAUCAUGUUUAGCAAAUUAUUUAUUUAAAUAGUGUUAGUGCCAAUGAAUCAUUUUUAAGGUUGACAAAACUUUUAAAAUCAUAACGAUUGAUUUUGUUUUAAAUUAUGAGAAUAUUACAAAUCAAUUCGUCAGCAGUUGAACAAGGUUACAAGCUCUGUUCACGUUUAGGAAGUAAAGAUGCGGACGAACAUCGUUCUACCAGCAGAGUUACAGAAGUAAAGCUUGUUUGACCCGAUGUCCUGAGACAGGCUGCCAAAAAACCCACAUCAGUAGAACAACUAAACUGUUUUGAAAUGCAAGAAGAACGGAUUAGAAACCUGCACAAACACACCGACACCUGGAAUAAUUUAAAAGCGAUUUAUAAGAAAACUAGGCAGCCGGAGAGCGCAGACAGUGGUGCAUUCAGGUGCUCCUUGGAUGGUCCCAGAAACUAGUUCUUCUCACUUCGAUUUGUUCAUGACCCGUAACUUAUUAGUGGAAACAACGUGGAUGCUUCAAAGGAGAUGUGUUGUAUUUUAUUGCUUAAAGAACUUGUUAACUCUCUCAUUUUUCUAUUUAUUUUGAUAUUUAUUUUGAUACCACCUGAAUGAAGCACAAAUCUCUCAAAUGUUAAUGAACGUGAAACAUAAUGCAUCCGUAAACAAACAAACAGUUAAACUGAGGCUAUUGCUACUGUUGAUCAAAACGGUAGCAGAUGUGUUUUCUUGUUGGAAAUGCUAUCAUUGUACAGAGUUCACCCCUGGCUAAGAGGCUGCAAAAAAGGCUAAUAUAUAUAUUUAUUUUAAAUCUGAUGAGCUCCCGUUAAGUGGCAAUAGACAAGUUUUUAUGAUUUGACUUAUCAUUAUGUGUUAAAUAUUAUUUGCCCAAUUUAAUGGCUACGACGUUGGAACAGCCGAAGUUACUUUGGAAAACAAAAAGCAGCCGCAAUGGGAAUUAAUUAUAAUAUACCAGAAUAUAUUUAGUUAAAACAACAUGGUGACAUUUUUUCUUUCCAGUUUAGCUUCUCUUUUGAACAAAACUAAUUUGUUCUCACAAAUGAAUAAUUGUUGCUCUCACAUUGCUAUCAUUCGGAUCAAAAAGAGCUACUUGUAUUUUUUAAAUGUUUAAUUCAAAGAUAAGUAGACGACAUCCUAACAUGCAUUUUUUUUGUAUUGAUUUAGGAAAUACUUUUUUUUUUUUUGCAGCCUGAUCAAGUGUUUGCUAGCCAGCUAAAGGUCGGCCGUGUACAUUUAAUAAUAAUGUGUCUGUUCCUGUACGUCGCCACAAGUCUUUCUCUGUGUUUUAACUAUUAACUGUCAGUCUGAAGGCUGUCACACCAGCAUUUAUUACUUUUUAAAUUGACCAUCACCAAAAAACAAACCGUCCAAAACAGAUGAGUUAAAGUAGAAUUACUGGAAAUCAUUGUUACUAAAUUGCACAUGAAGCAGCAUAAAGAAAAACAUUACAUCAAUGUUUUUAUUCAUGUUUUGAUAAAUCUUUCUCACCUCAGUGAUCGGGCCUCUCAAAGCUCUUUCGUUGCCAAGUAUUUUGUAGUUGUUUUUUUUUUGUUUCUUUAUAAAAAAAAGUUAGAGCCGUUUUCAUUUAUUUUCAGUAUUGAUGCCAGUUAUUAACGCCACGUUGCCUCAUUUAGACUUUAUUUGUUUUAUGCGCUUCAUAUUUAGCUUGAACUCCUAAUCUUCCUCCGUUUUGUUUCGUGGUUUCUCAGGUUUAGUUUUUCCACCUUGUUAACGUCUUCUCUGUCGGCCUGUUGAGUCUUACGGAUUUAAUGGUUUUAUAAAAUGGUGUCAUUGUACAAAUAGGUGUUAUUUUUGUUGUUUUUAACGAAAUGAUUUGUUGUCAAAAAGUGAUGUACAUUUUUUUAAAUUAAAUCAAAUCAAA